UUCUUUUAUGGUACUUUCCACACAAACCACUUCAGACUAUUAGUUUCGGUAUGCUUAGAGAAAAUAAGCUUUAAUACAUAAUUUCACCCCUUGAUACAAUAUUUUCUUGAAGUAUAUUAUAUUCGGUAGUAUUUUAAAUGCUUUUUUUGGAGACGGCAAGAUUAAUCUUUCCAACGAUAAAGUUGGAGCGCCAUGUGUUAAGGUUCAGAGCGAGAUCUUAACUGGGUCGGAAUAACCCCAUAAUCAAAGGCUUGUGGAGUCGUGGACUUGCGGCGUGCAUCAGAGUUUAAUCCUGAGCCCACGUUCGGUCUAAUAAAGAGGGGUCGUGUUACAAGCACCCUGCCGUUUCUGAAGAAACCACCCAAGUUUGGUGGUCUGGACACUUCAGGCUGUGGUGUGCCUCAAUAUCCGCUUUCAAAUAAAGGCCAUCUUACUUCACUGCUAUUACGGUAUUGAAUGUGUAGCAUGAAUGUUGGAGCUCUAAAAAAAAAAAAAAAAACGCAAAAAAUACUUGUGAUAUUAUCUUUUUCCCACAUUAUGGUUAGAGAAUGUCACAAAAAGUUACACAAAGCUGACACUGGGGACUCACUUCCCUAAAGAAAACGUCCCCGUGUCAACAAUUACACAUUUAUAUCCGUUUAUGUGGUGCACCCGUACAAGUCCAUACACCAUGCAAGUCUCUGUGUUACUAUAGAAACGAUAAGGUACAGUACGUCAGCGCUGCCGUUAUAGAAAAUUAACUGACACCUUCUGACCAAUCAGAACUCUGGGAUUCAAAUGUGUUGUGGUAUAAGAAGUUGUAUAGCUGUCAGUUUAAAGGUGAAAUGUUUAGAAGUAAUCCCAUUUGGAAGUUGAAUCUAUUCAAUACUAUAUACAUUCUGGCGCUUUCGAGACGAAGGUCAUUAACGUGCAUUUUAUAAUCGAGAAGAAAUACGAUAUUUUUCACAUUGCGUGCGGAUUUGUUUAACAAAAAGUGCCGCGCCAUUUUUCAGAACACGCAUGUUCUCAAUUUGUGAAACUCAAACACAAAUCUAAGGCAAAGGAAGCUCAUAAGAAACCGGAUCAGCAUUAAAAUGAGUCCACAGGGACACCUGCCUGUCCCCUAGGCUGACUUUUUUUUUCUUUCUUUUCUUUAGAGCAGUAUGAAAUUUCAUGGCCUGCUAGAAGUCAGGAUUUAAAUGAGGGUUUUUACAGCUGUGCAUCAGGACUCAAGCAAUGUGUUCUGCACAUGUGGCUGAAUUUUAGGCUAAAAAUACAUUUACUCUCAUGUAUCGUUGAACUGGAAGGAUAGAGUUCUAGUAGUAAUUUAAAUAAAAUAAUAAUAAUAAAAAAAAUCACUUCUGAUAGUUUUAAUACACCAAAUAAGUUUUUUUUUUUUUUUUUUUUUUUUUUUAAAUACAUAGCCACAAAUUAAAGUAAUACAGUUGACUCUGUUACCUGCAAAUGCCUGAAGUUGCUUGGUUAAUGUACUGUAGCUAAACUUUCAGCUAGCAGUUUAGUAUCAUUCAAAUUUACCUCAGAGCAUGUCUCUCAAACAGACUUGCUGUCAUUUUUAAAAAAAAAAUGUAUUGCUAACAACAGCAGUACCCACCAUCUUUUUGCUCAGAACACUCACACUUUCAUUCACUUUCAAACACAUUCUCUAGCAUUCUCAUGUUAAUGAUGAAGUAUUUCUUCUGAUUUUAGUCGUUCUAGUGCUAAUUUGUUGGUCUUUCUUGUAUUUUAGUUACUCCUGUGGAAACUUUGAGGUUGUGUGCUGUGCUAAUGCCACAAAAACGGAUACGUUGCUAUUACUAGCACCGUUACAAGCUCAAACACAACAGAUAACAGCCAGGUUUCUCUGAAAACAAAGCUUCUUUUCCUCACUUACCAUUUCCCAGAGCUGUUCAGUGGGAUAUUAAUGAUGAACACAGUGUAGAUGAAGGUGUCGGUGGUGGUAUUAGCAUGAUCGUUUGAGCAGAGUGUACAAAUGAGGAGGUCAGAGAGCUGGACGGAGUAAUUAAAACCAUUUACCAUUACUGGUCCUUAAUGGUAAUCACUAGACAUAACAUGCCACAAAUAGAAGGCAAUAAAUGACCAGUAGAGACCCACAGGGACCGUUACAGUUUCCAUUCAAACCAAUACAAUUCUCAUUAUAACCAUUAAAACCCAUCACAAAUUCUAUGAAGGUUUAUUGUUUGUUUUUUUCAGCACGGUAGGACUGUUUGAGUUCCCAUGACCACUACUGAGCUGUGAUAAGACCCAUAUGCUCAGCUCUGAGCAUGGAUUUAGAUAGAAGUGCGUGCCAAAUGAAUAAAUGCAAACUCAUUAUUAUUAUUAUUAUUAUUAUUAUUAUUAUUAUUAUUAUUAUUAUUAUUAAGGGCCUGGACCAGGGCACUACGCUCUCCCCCCUACCAUGGGCUACAUAAACCACGAUUACACCAAGCCCAGCAGUCCGGCAUACUCCUUCCACCGGCGUAUGAGCAGCAAAAUGCUGUUUGAGGACUCCAGUCCUGGGCCUCGAUACCACGUGGACAGCAAGAUCACUCGCUUCGGAAGAGAUGGCACACCAUCAUACUCGAUGCUAGGUAGAAAGAAGGUCGGAGCUCAUCCGUUUCAAACUCCCGGCCCAGGAUCCUACAGUCCAGAGAAGGCACCUCCGCUAAACUGGCAUCGUCGCCCACCGUCCUACACCAUGGCGUUCCGUACACGCUACAGGAGCGUAGACACCGUGCCCGCCCCCAACUGCUACACCCUGCCCAAUCUGUUAGGUUCGUGUAUUCCCAACAAGCCCUCCAGCGCCAGCUACUCCAUGUCCCGCCGCAUGAAACUCGGGUCGCCCUCCGAGGACCUGGCAACGACUCCCGGGCCAGCUCACUACAGUAGAACGGACCCAAGCAUCUACAUGAACAGGCAGCCGUCUUUCUCCAUCCAGAGCCGCCACAACAUCCCCAGCGACACCACGUGCAAGCCUGGACCGGGCACUCACUGCCCGGAGAAAGUGACGGUGCACCUGCCUAGGCCGCCAUCUUUCACCAUGGGGGUGCGGCAUUCGGAGUUCGUGACACCACUAGUGAUCGAUUUAACUGACUGAAAAUGCUACUUAUUGGGAGCUAUAAACACAUGACGAGGAAGCAAAUGUUCAUUGUUAUUUGUAUUUUCGCAUAAAUUAUUUGUACAUCUUAUUCUUUAAUUGAUAUAUGAAACC